GUUUGAUUUUUCUUAAAGUAUGCCUAUCCAUGUUUAUAUUCACAGUGGAAUUUCAGAUCCAUGUUGUUUAGAAAUCUGAAUAUAAACCAGCAUCAUAGGUAUCAAAGUUUAUUAAUUAUAGAACAAAUUAUAUAUUCAAUUCAUUGGGUGCAUACAUAUUGUAGACAAUCUUAAAGUAAUGAUUUAAAAGAAGACACAUCUUCUGGACUCCAGUCUCAGAUUGGAACAUCUGAUGUUGAACUUGAUAAUUUUUGCACAUAUCUCCCUGAAGGUGGGCCCAGCUCAGGUCAUGCUCCUGCAUACCAGGUAGUGUGUCACAAUGGCAGUGUAUUUACCUGUAUCACUGUCCUACCACUACCAGUCUGAAAUGAAUUCAAAAGAGCAAAAAAAUAGAUUGAUGAAAGAGGUGGAUACGUUGUGUUUAUGUUUUACAAGUUAUAUGGUCAGAUGGAGAGAAGUAUCCAAUCUACAGAAAAUACAGCCAGUUCUUCGACUUGAGGGCUCAAAUGAAGGAAGAACAUGCUGAUGCAGACAUUCCAGAAUUACCGGGUAUAUCUCUGUUUUUACGAGGAGGCCUUUUUCAUGAUCAUGUCAUAGAGAAGAAAAGAAAGUCAAUAGAAGACUUUUGCCAGAAAAUUCUCCAGCUACCUCAAAACUUGGUGAAAAGUAGUGAAUUUAUUUCAUUCUUUGAACCAUGGAGUACAGAUUUGCCUCAGCCAGACACAAAAGUAUGCAAGGCAUCAGAAAGAACAUCUCAGUACUCACCAUCCAAAAGAAAUUCUGAUCAUGAAGACCACAAGGAGCGUGCCUCUCUCCCCCCUGUUUCAACUGAUUUUCACAGCCAUGUAAAUGACCGUCCAGUCACAGUUAUGUCCCCAUCAUCACAUGACCAAGGGGACACUCAACUGUACAAGGCAGUGAUGGUGUAUAACAAGAGGAAAGCAGGGGAAGUAAACCUCACAGAUGGAGAUGUGGUCACAGUCUUAGAAAAAUGUCCUUCAGGUUGGUGGUUUGUCCACUUGGAGAGAAGUGACCAGGAAGGCUGGGCUCCCGGAGCUUUCCUAGAACCACUCCAGGGCAAGGAAGAGGAACCUCAAGCAGAAGACAAACCAAUUGGGAGAUGUGUAACCCUGUGUGAUUAUAUUGGAGAUGGAGAAGAUGAAGUGUCUUACAAGAAAGGAGAGAUAGUGGAAGUGAUAGAAACCAGUAUGGAUGGAUGGUGGAAAGUCAGGAGGCGUGUGUUGCCUUCCUGUCCUCGUACAGGCAGGCAAUGUGGAACUGUUCAUGGUGAAGUGGGUGUCACUCCUGCCAUCUAUCUCCAAAACUUGGAUAAGGAAGAAAAACAAACAGAUAAGGAAAAAGCUAUUUACUCAUUGCUGAAAGAAAGUCACCACCAACACUCCAUUUAUGGUCGUCAGCCACCUCCAAGGCGGACAUCAUCUAAGUCAAUCCUAUCUCAGGCCAGUGUUUCAAGUAAAGAUAGUGAUUUGUAUGCCAUUCCUGACAAGUCAAAAAAGACAGACAUUAGUGUGAGUCAGAAUCCACCAGGUGACAGCAGCAGUCCAGAAAAGUCAAGCUCACAAGACAGUAUGAACAGAGACGCACUUAAUUACACCACCAUUAAUUUUGAUGAAAAGAAAAAUAGCAAAGAACAGGGGAAGUCAAAGCUAGUCAUCAUAGGAGAGCCAGGGGUAGCAUAUGCAGAAAUUAUUCCAAAAGCGUUACCUCCAAAAAAACAUGCAAAAGACAAAGGGCCAACUGUUAACUAUGAAAACCAAGAUAUCCAGCCAAAAGCCAGGACUCCCUCUCCAAUAGCAGUGACUUCUCCUCAACCUAUUUCCCAUGGAGCAGUGAAACAACAAAAGACAUCAGAACCAAAGGAUCCCAAAAAGCAGGUUUCUGACCACACCUAUAUGAACGUUGUGAAAGAUGCUGGGAAACAUAGCUAUGAGAAUAUUGAGGUAUCUUCAUUGAGACCAGAGGAAGAGCUAAGAAAGAAACUCUGCCAUGUAAGUAUAGACUAUACUCCAGAAAUGUCACAUCAGCAAGGAUUAGCAGUGAAAGCUGGAGAUACAGUGCAGGUUGAAAGACAGGAAUCUUCCUUCAGUUACUGCCUGUUACAAGACAAGGAAAAGGGAUGUAUAGUUGCAGAGGGAUGGUUGCCCUCUGAUAUACUUGACUGGAGAGAAGCAGGUGCUUCUCCUUUACCCACUACCCCAGUAUCCCCCAUUGUUCCUUCCAUCCGAGAGCCUGUAGGGUCACCACCAGUAAGGAAAGGGUUACUGGCUAGGGGAACAGGCAGCUCAGAUGACGAGAGAGACCUUAUACCCAAACCAGAACUUCUCGAGAAGAGAAGGUCUUCAGCCAACCCCCCUCCCAUGCCCCUCCACCCCUCCCCUAAACUAUUGUCUGUGGACCAACCACAAAUUGAAAAGUCUGAGCCUGCCUUUACUUACACCUCUCUAGUAGCCCUAGCUGACUAUGACAGCAGACAUGAAAGUGUCCUGUCUUUUCAUGCAGGCGACUAUGCUCUUCUGCUUGGCAAAGAUCCUAAAGGCUGGUGGCAUGUUAACUUGGGGGGGCUGGAUGGAUGGGUUCCUGGGGACUAUUGGAGAGAGGCUCCGCAAGCAGAAAAGACAACUUCACCAAAGCCAUCUCCCAGGUUGGCAAGGAAACAUAAACCAAAGUCUCCAGAGUUAAAAACCAAAGCAGGUAAAACAGCCAUGGAAUGGGAUUAUGGAAAAAUGAGUCGCCAUGAAAGUGAGUCCCUUCUUUUGAGGAAUGGCGAUGAUAGAGACUUUCUAGUCAGAGAGAGUAUGAACAGGGUUGGUGACUACACUAUCUCAGUGCGGUACAGUGAGAGGGUGCGCCACUUUCCAGUAGAGACCACAAGUGAUGGAAAAUACUACAUAGGAAAGCAUAACUUCAGUACCCUGACCAAAAUUGUAGACUACUAUCAGCAUCACCCAUUAUUUUUUGAUGACAAACAUGAAGCAAUAAGCUUGGGAAAGCCACUAAAAGUAACCAAGUCCUGAAUAGAAUUGUUAUACUGCUGUCAUGUAUAGUGCACUGUUGUAAUCAGGGUCUAUUACACUAUGUCUGCUGAAUAAAAUCUUGAUGGAUAUACAUGUUUAGGUGGGGAAUUCUGUAAAGUAAAGAAGAUGAGCUCAUCAGUAAUCAUUGAUCUGAUUGAGCUUUAAAACCAAGUUCUCUUGUUAUAUUGUAAUUAUAUAAAUUUCAUAAGGAUUGUGUCAUACUAAAAGCUCUAUAUUCCAUACAGGAUUUGGUGUUGGCAACAAAAAAGAAAUGCUGCACAAGAUGUAAAAAUAUUUUAAAAGAGUAAGUGUAUUUAUUUUAUUUGUAACCCAUUUUCAAUAACAUAUUCAUAGAAAGAUGGGCAUUGGGCUACAAAAAAGGCAGCAAUACUAAUAACAUGUUCACCAGUGGUCUUCCUAUGCAUACAGGUACCUUCAGAAAUUACAGCUGAAAGUAAUGCACACUCCUGUGAAAAAUAUUCAAUUUUUGCAUAUAUUUUACACUGGUACUACUUGCUGAAAAUUUAUAAUUUUUUACAAAACCAUCAGAUGUCGAUCUGCCAACAACAUAUAAAAGACCUCUUAGAGAGGGUGAAAGAUACCCAAAUUUAUAUUGUGACAGUCAUACUAUUGCAAUAUCUACACUUGUAAUGAUAAGAUAGACAAAGUGCAAUCCUAGAAGAAUAUUAUUUAAGCACCAAAUUAAUUUUUUUAUUUACAGAGAUAUGAUAUUGAACAAUUAUGAAAACUGCUAGUUGAAAUAAAGGCUGAAGAAUA